CUAUAUAACAAAUAAUUUGAGUAGGGAUGGGGGAAUGAAUAAUGCGAGUAUCUAAACAUGACGUCAAAAAACUACGACUAUCUUUUUAAGCUUCUUUUAAUCGGCGACAGCGGAGUGGGUAAAACAUGUCUCCUGUUUCGAUUCUCUGAUGAUGCUUUUAAUACAAGUUUUAUUGCCACUAUUGGUAUCGAUUUUAAAGUAAGGACAGUUGAUAUUGAUGGUCGGAAAAUAAAGCUCCAGAUAUGGGAUACAGCAGGCCAGGAGAGAUUCAGGACCAUAACCACGGCCUACUACCGAGGUGCGAUGGGUAUAUUCCUGGUGUACGACAUCUCAGAUGAGAAGACGUUUGACAACAUUAAAACCUGGAUGAGGAACAUAGAAGAUAAUGCAGCCCCCGAUGUUGAGAAAAUGAUACUUGGUAACAAGUGCGACAGAGAGGAAAAGAGACAGGUCUCCAAGGAAAAGGGCCAAGCGCUUGCCGUGCGACACGGUGUUAAAUUUUUUGAAUCAAGCGCACUUAGUGGCCUCAACGUAGAGGAAGCUUUCUUGACCAUGGCUGGAGAUAUCAAAAAGAAGACAGAAAAGAAGCUGGAAGCACCUGCAGUCCCCAAGGGUGAAAUCAACUUGAAUUCUGACCACCACAAGAAAAAAGGCUCUUGCAAAAUGUGCACGAGUUAAUCAUCUUUCAUAUAGAUUCAAAAAGUUCGUUAGUUUCAGUCCAAAACUGAUCUGCUCAUUUCAAGUUUUUAAUGAUAUGUUGAAUUUA